CUGCUCCUGACACAGACCGAGCAACCCCGGCCCCACCAUGAAGCUGACCCUUGUUUUCAGCCUGGUUGCCCUGACCCUCUGCUGCACCCGGGCCUCUGCCAACCUUUGCCCAAGUUUUGUGCAAGUCACCGAUAUCCUCUUCAAGGGCACGGCCCAGCAGUAUCUCAAAUCCAUUCGGUGUUUCCAACCCGAUGAGGCCAUGGAGGCUGCUGCGAAGCUGCUCAAGAAAAAGGUGGACACCCUCUCGGACGCUACCAAAAGAGACAUGGGGAGGCUGAUGGAAAAAAUCGUGAACAGAAGCUGCUGUCCAUGAAGCCCACUUAUUUCGUUCCCUGAUAUCACCAAAUGCCGAAUCGUUGAAUGCCAGGUCCUGGGUCCUUGUUCCUUCACCUUUACUAUCUGA